AUGCAAGACUCAACCAGUCCCGACCUCUCCAAACAUGGUCUUGGUACAAACAUUGAAAUGCUUGAAGAUGCGACAGACCCAAAGGAAAUUUCUAUCACGAAUAAUGCCUUUACCGGACACGAGGAACAUACCCAGAUCCAUCCACGGGAGGAGAGAAGACUGGUGAUCAAGCUGGAUGCGGUCCUCGUCCCCCUGGCUUCGCUCAUCUACUUUGUCGCUUACCUCGACCGAAAUUGUAUCGGCAAUGCUCGCUUGAUGGGAUUGGAAAAGGACCUAUCCCUCACUCCCAAUCAGUUCUACAAUUGCCUGGCAAGUUGA